GUGAAGGGGAGGCACCACAAUUGGUGCUUGGAGGAGAAGUACAUCAUGUGCGCCGAGUCUGCGAGCGACGGUGCAGGGGAGCGCGACUGCGAGGGGCACAUGCGAGUGACCAAAGUCGUCCUGGCGCUGAUCCUGCUCCUCGCGCUCUGCGGGGCCUUCCUGCGCGCCUGGAGCGCCUACUGGGGCGCGAGGCUCUGCUCCGUCCUCUGGGAGCAGGACCGCGGCUCCCAGCCCGAGUCCCCUGCGGAGGCGGAGCCCGCGCGUCUCGAGCGCGUCGAAGAAGGAGGCGCGGCACGGCCAUCAACGUUCGCGCUAUACUCUCUGACCCCCUGCGGGAUCCAUCUUAGGCCGAAGAAGCAAACACUUCAUAAGCAUAGUUGUUUGCAGCUCCGCGCGGAUUUCUUGGAUCGGCGCUGGGCCCCCAUGGCGGCAUCUCGAGCGCCGCCCCUGGCACGCUCCGCGCGCUGGAGAGGGGGGCCACAGAGCCGAUGCAAGAAAUGUGCGCGAACCUCCAGUAGUUGAGGUUGGUCUUGUUUUUGUGCUUCUAGUGAUAGAGUCUUGCCCGAGCGUGCGGCGGGUGCCAACACGAGCAUCCCGAGCAGGCUUGGUAGCAUCGUGGCGUCGUGUGGCGUGGCCGUAAGGUUGUGAAUUGUGGUUGCGCUUUUGCUCGGGGCCUGGUGCAGGCGCCUUGGCGUUUCCUCUGCAGCCUCUUCCUCGUGGCCCAGUGCAGUACGGUCGGGUCUCAGUCUAGGAUCGAGAUCGGGCGUCGGGGCUUGUGAGAGCCCCACCGCCCAUCCAAUACUCGCAAGCCGUGGUGUCAUCCGCUGCGUGCUGAAGGCGCGGUGGUGGGCUACAUUAGUAGAGAAGCCCCGAGCGUAUGAGCUUACCAUGUAACGGCACCGCGCUGAUGGUGGGCCA